AUGGAUGAAAUGGACGAUUUUUUCGGUAACGAUGAUAUGGACCGAGAGCCAAGUCCUAUUGGAGAUGAGGCUAUCGAAGACAACAGAGGCGAGGAAAGCAAAAAGAAAAUCAUCGAGCCAAAGCUACUCAGAACUAAAAAACUAACAAAUCCACGAUUGGCUCUGAACGAGUCGACACUAACAGGUCCGAAGGGAAUUUCAGCACUAAAGGAUACUUUUAAGAAUUUUAAGCCAAAUCCCAAGGAUGAUCCGUACACAAAUCUCGACAAACUAAUGAAGAAAUACGCGUAUUGGGGUCAUUUGAUGUUCCCAAAAAUGAAAACCGAGGAUGUGUUGAGUCGAGUGGAGACACUGGGCACUCGACGACAGCUGAAAGUGUAUUUAAUGAAACAAAGACUCGGAGAAUCGACGGAUGAAUUGGAAAAUGAUGAGAAAAGUGGAAGAAAGAUCGGGGCGAAGGGAAUUAUUGAUGAUGGAGCUGAGGAUGAUGAGGAGGCGGAGUCCAUGGAUUAUUUGUUCGAUGAUUUACCCGGGGAAGAAUCCCCUCAAAACUCCAAAAAACUCGUCGAUUCCCCCAAAAAACCAGCGAAACACGUGGAUCACGGUGACGAAGAAGAGGAGUUCCGUCUGGCUGAAGAGCAACGAAUCCGCGAGCUUGAAGAAGCUGCCGCCGACGAAAUUAUGGAGGAUUUCGACGAUAUGAACAACGAUUGGUGA